AUGAUAGAAGAUUACCCAUCAACAUCUGUUACAACAGAGACACGUCGUACAAAUAAAUUUCUCAAUUAUUUAGAGGCGUUGCUCUUGCAACAUGGAAAGCACAUCAUAGAGUAUGAUUUGCCGAUUUCAACUGGAGAAUAUGACAAUGAUUUAGCUAUACCAAGACUCAUACAAGAUGAGCUAACUGUUCCUAAUGUAGAUGAAGAACUCACUUUAAUUGAGAAAUUGAAUAACUACCAGAGAGUUGCAUAUGAGACAAUCAUGACUGUUAUUUAUCGUAAGAAAAGCAUGACAUUCUUUGUCAAUGGGCCAGGAGGAAUUGGGAAAAUAUUUUUGUAUUGCACAAUAUUGGCAACCUUGAGAAAAGUCGGUCACAUUGCAAUUGUCACAUCUACAUCUGGCAUAGUAGCAACAUUACUCCCUGGUGGAAGAGCAGUGCAUUCCAGGUUUAAGAUUCCUUUAACUCCAGAUGCUUCAUCUACUUGCUCAAUAAUUGUUCCAAAGGGUACAAAGGCAGAAAUGAUUGAUGCAUGCACAGUCAAGUCCCCAUUAUGGAAAGACGUCAAAGUGUUACAUUUGAAGCAGAAUAUGAGGUUUGUCAACGAUGAAGAGUUUGCUAAGUAUAUACAAUGCAUUGGUGAUGGGAAUGAACCAUUUAUAGUGGAUGAUUUGAUUAAACUACCCCCUUCAAUGGCAAUGCAAUGA